AUGGACCCAUUUGAAGUGAGAUUAGAAUUUAUAAGUCAUCUAAAAAGUCUUAAUGCAUCGCAACCUUACAUCAAAAAGUGUGUAAAAUAUGCAAUUCAAAAUAAAGGAUGUUAUGAAGAUUUAUACAGAUGUAUAUUGGAAGUUAUGGACCAAUCAACCAUCCUACCAAGAUUGAAUUUACUUUAUUUCAUUGAUGCUUUACUCGAGAGUUCAAAAUCUAUAAAUUUCAAAGGAUACAUUGAACUUAUUAAACAAGAUUUAAAUAAAUUAAUUCUGGAUGUUACAAGUGAAAGUGCUGGAUGA